AUGGGUCAGGAGCGUGGCAUGGAAGAUGAUCUACAUGAUAUUCUUAGUCCAGGUCAACGAACAGAAUUCCUUAAUCUCAUUAAAUCUACAAUGGAUUCGAUGCAGGAAACAAUAUGCCAUCCUUCUGAGUAUCUGACCAAACCACUUCUGGGCACCAGUAUCAAUGGGGUUACAGCUCACCAGCAGCCACAGACAUCUAGGGAAGGUCUAUCUGUUCUACAGAUCAAGAUAGAAUUAGAUGCACUGGACUAUUUCCAAGCUUGGAAACAAUCGGUUCUACGGCGCAUAGUGGAUGGCCUGAAAGACCACGAGAUCAUCAAUUCACCUCAGCAACAAAAACCUCCAGUUGGAACUGAUAUUCCAUCCGUGGUUGAAUCGGCAUCCACAAUGAAAUGCCAAACCCCAUCGAAACUCUUAAGCCAUUUACCAGAGCGUACCAAAUUACUUCUUAGCAAUUCUCUUCUUCAUUUGCUGCUAAGUCUCAACACUUAUAAUGCUCAUUCUCGUGCUCUAUUACUCAAAGUGUCGGCUGAUUUGGGGGUUUCCAUCAAUGAUGUAGUCGAAAACGAAACGAAAGUUGCUCGAGGCCUUGUUCAAAUCGCACAAGAAAUUUCCGCAAUAGAAGAAGCAAAGACUCGAGCUGAACAAUCCAAGGCCCGACGACGUUGGAAAAUAGCCCUUGCUUCUGCGGCGGGAGCUACCCUAGUUGGGGUGACCGGUGGUUUGGCAGCGCCGAUGGUUGCCGGGGGUAUUGGAGCGCUCCUGGGCGCGUUAGGCCUCGGAGGAACGAUUUUUGCAGGAUACGCUGGUGCUCUUGCUGGAAAUAGCCUUGUCAUUGGUGGCAUCUUUGGCGCUUUUGGUGCAACAAUGACUAGCAGAGUGUCAGCAAAAUAUACAAGGCAAAUUAAAGAUUUUGCGUUUAUACCCAUAAGAGGCCUUCGAAUAGUUCCUAACAAGGCUUCGCCCAUGACCCCUGAUUAUCGUUUGCGAGUCACAGUCGGAAUCAGUGGAUGGUUCACAGAAGCACAAGAUAUUGUCUACCCAUGGCUGGUCCUUGGCGAUGAUUCAGAUGCUUUUGCAUUGCGAUGGGAAGUUGAUGCCCUAUUGAGGCUAGGCAAUUCUUUGGAGGGCGUUGUAAAAAGACUAGCAUUCACAAUUGCGGCUAAGCAACUACUCAGAAAGACACUUUUGGCCCCAAUUGCGGGCCCCUUGGUGAUACCUGUUAUUGUGGCAAAGCUAUCCCGUUUGAUCGACAAUCCAUUUGGUGUAGCGAAGACCCGAGCAGGAAAAGCAGGUGAAAUCCUUGCUGAUGUCCUGAUAAAUAAGGCUCAGGGCGAACGCCCUGUCACCCUCAUCGGAUACUCUAUGGGUGCUCGUGUCAUAUAUACUUGCCUCCUCAGCCUGGCCAAGAGGCGGGCGUUCGGUCUUAUUGAAUCUGCAAUUUUGUUGGGCUCUCCAGUUUCUUCGAACCUCGCGCAGUGGCGACUAAUAAGGACGGUUGUCAGCGGGCGUUUGGUUAACGUAUAUUCUAAAAAGGACCAUAUGCUCCGGCUGUGCUAUCGAGCCCAGAGCCUACACAUGAAUGUUGUCGGAAUUCAACCGAUUACAGGAAUUCCUGGGGUGGAAAACUUUGAUGCAAGUGAGAUUGUCAGUGGUCAUACGCAUUAUCCCCUGGUAAUCGGGGUAAUUCUCCAUAAAAUUGGCUUCGGCUAUUUGGAUGAAAAUAUGUUACAGUUGCAAUUACAUAGAUUUUGUGCCCUUACAAAAAAAGAUAAGAUAUUGGUUGAUUGUGCAGAAGAGCAGAGACACGAAACUAAUUGCAGGUCAGCUCAGCCAAACCCACAAUAA